UUUUUGGGUUUUUUCAAUUAGUGGGAGGGAAAAACUCAAAAAAGAGAGUUGUUAGUUAGUGUUGCGUGGGAAGAAGAUGGAAGACGGAAUAUGGUGAGAAAUGGUUGGCUUAGGAUGCAUAGCGGGAGUAGGAGUUCACCCGAGCUGGCGGCAUCAUCGAAUCCUUGCUUCUAAAUCCGAAGAGGCACGCUCGUGGUCUCUGCUCCCUGCAUACCGCUGCCGAAUUAGGCUCAGGCUCAGGAUCAGGCGUCCGCGUUGUGUGCCUGAGCCUGAGCCUGACAGUAGAGACGUUGAACCAUCCACUUCUACUUCGGAACAACUAGAGUUAGAAUGGAAGCUCCUAACCAGACGGAUUCGAGAUUCGGGAAUAAUAUCUUCAUGCUUUAUCGGUCUCCUCACUGGUGUCGCUGUCGUGCUUUUCAAUUAUGCUGUCCAUGAAAUUCGUGAUUUCUUCUGGGAUGGGAUUCCCAAUCGAGGCGCCUCAUGGUUGAGAGAAGCGCCUAUUCAGGCAACAUGGGCACGAGUAGUACUAGUUCCGGCCUUUGGAGGUGUUAUUGUGUCUGGGCUAAACCUCCUUCGUCAGCGUUUUGAUUCCGCUGUUCAACAAGAUCCUUUCCUCCAGACUCCAUCUACCUACCUCAAGUCUGCAUCCCGCCCUUUCUUAAAGGCCAUUGCAGCUUCUGUUACUUUAGGCACCGGUAAUUCCUUGGGUCCAGAGGGUCCCAGCGUCGACAUUGGUACUUCCAUUGCCAAGGGCCUUGCUCCUUUCUUUGACAAUGGAAAGAGUUCCGCCAGAAUGCUCUCCCUUCUGGCUGCUGGAUCUGCUGCUGGCCUCUCCGCCGGUUUCAAUGCUGCUGUUGCCGGUUGUUUUUUCGCCGUCGAGUCUGUCUUGUGGCCAUCGCCUGCAGAUGCAUCUUUACCACUUACAAACAAUACUUCCAUGGUCAUACUUAGUGCUGUCAUAGCUUCUGUAGUUUCUGAGAUUGGCCUUGGCUCUCAACCAGCCUUUAAAGUUCCCGAGUAUGACUUCCGCUCCCCAAGUGAGCUCCCGCUGUAUCUAUUGCUGGGUAUUUUAUGUGGCCUGGUGUCAUUGGCCCUAUCUAGGUGUACAUCAUAUAUGUUGACUAUUGUUGAAAAUCUGCACAAGACCACUGGCAUUCCAAGAGCUUCAUUCCCUGUAUUGGGAGGCUUAUCAGUUGGGUUGAUAGCAUUGAUAUAUCCUGAAAUCCUCUACUGGGGUUUUGAGAAUGUUGACAUUUUAUUAGAAUCUCGGCCAUUUGUUAAAGGCCUUUCCACUGACCUAUUGCUUCAGCUAGUAGCUGUCAAGAUAGUUGCAACUUCUCUGUGCAGGGCUUCUGGAUUAGUGGGAGGGUAUUAUGCCCCGUCUCUCUUUAUUGGUGGUGCAACUGGGAUGGCUUAUGGAAAAUUAAUUAGUUUGGCUGUUGCCGAGUCUAAUCCCACAAUUAAUCUCUCUGUGUUGGAAGUGGCAUCACCACAAGCUUAUGGCCUGGUUGGAAUGGCUGCGACUCUUGCAGGAGUUUGUCAAGUACCACUUACUGCAGUUUUGCUUCUGUUUGAAUUGACACAAGACUAUAGGAUUGUUCUACCACUACUUGGAGCAGUAGGUUUGUCUUCGUGGAUUUCAUCUGUACAGACAAAAAGAGGAGACGACAGAGGGGCAAAUAAAAUUGAGUUAGAAAACUCAAAUUCUGCUUUACUUCCAGAAAUAUCUUCCGGUAGUUCUACUGAGUCAUCUGCUGGUAAUACCUUUGCUGAAGAUGUGUCAUAUGUGAGUAACUUGUGUCAAGUGGAAAGUUCGCUUUGUGUAGAGGAUGAUAAUGUUGAAACAACAUAUUUUGUGCGGAAAACAUUUGUUUCAGAAGCCAUGAAGACGAGAUAUGUGACGGUUUCAAUGUGCACACUACUUACGGAAGUAAUAGAUCUCAUGGUUGCUGAGAAACAGUCUUGUGCAGUAAUUGUUGAUAUUGAUGAUACUUUAAUCGGUUUUUUGACGCUUAGAGACAUUCAAGAGUAUGGUAAAUUUGCCAAAGCAAGAAACAAAAAAAAUAAGGAGCUUUUAGUUUCUGAAUUAUGCCUUUUAAAUGGAGAAAUAUGCUGCGUGCCAUGGACAGCUACGCCUGAUAUGGAACUUCGUUAUGCUCAAAUGAUUAUGAAGGAUCGUGGACUCAAUCAAGUUCCAGUUGUGAGAAAUAUCUAUGAAAGAAUAUAUCCAGUUGGCAUAAUAGACCCUGAAAGUAUCAGUCUAACAUGCAGUGCAGUGCUUUGGCCACCAGACAGUCCCUCAGCUAAUAUUCCUCGCUAGCACUUAAUCACCGUUAGGAGGCUGAAGAUUCUGCUUUCAUGUGAUAUUUCUCGGUUUUCAAUUAUGAAACCAUUUUUUUAGCAAUUUUCGAUUAUCUGCCUUUAACACGUCAAAUUAAAUCAUGCCACGUGGUUCCGAGGUUGUACGUAAAAAUAGGUUCAUUAUCGUUCACGUGUUUAGUUAUGUUCGAUGUAAGUAUAUAAGUAGAUCACCAAGAGAGAACCCCUGUAAUCUGAUGAUGCUACCUGAAUUGUCCAAUAUUUAAUUUGCAGGGAUCAAUUUGGUACUGCAAUAUCAUAGUA